AUGGCGGCUAACCAACCAAAUGAACCAAGGGCUCUCUACUGGAUCCGUCGCUACCUACCCAAACUGCAGCAAAACCCGUCGGAGAUCUACUCCGUUGGGGUGAAGGCGGAGGAUAUGUCUGUCUGGACAGUGACCAUAACCGGUCCAUCGGAAACUCCCUACGAAGGGGGUAUCUUCACCUUGCGCAUCCACUUUCCGCACGAGUUUCUUCUGAAGCCACCAAAGGUGCACUUCAGGACUCCCAUCUUCCACCCCAACGUGAGUCAUUGCGGCAACAUCUUCCACCCCAUGCUCAUGCUGGACACGUGGGGCAUCGUGACUUUAGUGGCCCAGAUGAUGAUGACUCUGGCCACCAUGCUCUUGCAUCCGCUGGUGGAGGAGGGCGACGUCGUGAGGGAAGAGGUGGCGGUGAUGUACCGCGAAGACAGGGUCCGCUAUGAGGAACUCACUCGUAGCUUCACCCAGAUCCACGAGCUAUGA